AUGUCUAAAAGAUUAAUUUUUCCACAACAAUACGGUGAACGCAAAAAGGCGAAACUUAAUAUCAGUGUUUCUGACCAUAAUUUUCCUUUGAGUCAAAGUUCAGUGUCUAACAAAGAUCAAAAUGAUAAUUGGGGUGACGAUAACGAUGACGAAAUGCUGCUUUUGGCCAGUCAGGCUUGUGAAGAAGCUUUUAAGGAUCCUAACUUAAGUAUUUUACCAAACUAUAGUAUGUGUAUGCAACCUUCUUCAACGAGCACUCAAAUAGGUGAACCCCAACCAAGUUCGUCAUCUAGUUCUCAUUUUCAAAAAACUUCACUUCACUCUUUCAAAAAACCAGUUUGUAGUCCACUUAGUAUCGUUUCAACGAAACUUAAAGAUAAAUAUGAAAGAAUUUCGUCUCCUUUACCUGGCCUCUCAAAAGUUUGCAAAUCUGGUGGUGUUAAUGUGAUGGAUGAUGUAAUAAUAAAUGACAAAUGUGAGGGACAAAAUUCAGAGUAUAUAUACCGCCAGUUGCUAGAACUACAAGAGGAAAAUAAAAAGUUAAAAACAGAAAAUGGUAAAUUACUUGAUAAUUGUAUGACAAAAGAAGGGGAAGCAUCAAUUUUAAGAACACAGUUGAAAACUUGUCAAGCUACAGUAGACAAUGUGAGAUUAGAAAAAAUUAAAGUUCAAGAAAAGGCACAGAUGGAAUGGUCAGUUAAGUCAACGGCUGCAAAGAAUCAGCUAGAUGACUUAAAAACUCAAUUGGAAUUUAAGAAUUUAGAGAUAAUUAAAAUGAAAGAAAAAUGUCAAAUGCUAGAAUCACAAAAAGUGAAAUUAACACAGGUUUUGGUACCCACAAAUGACAUAUCUAUGAGUCAAAGUCAUAAUAACAGCAUUCAUCUCAAUAAUGAUUCUAAAAUAAUGUCUAGGAAAGUAAAAACAGCUUCCAAUAGUGUUCAGACAGAUGAUAAAUCAUAUUUUUUAAAGAUAAACAUUCCACAAAGAGAAGAGUUAUCAAAACUAUGUGAAAUAUUACCACUUAUUAUGGAACCUACUGAAAGUCAAUUCUCCAUAUUAGACUAUAAUGAAAAACUGAAAUUAUCACCAAACAUACAGAACAAAUGUCGCAUUUUCAGCACAUUCCAUAGGUUACCUACCACAGCCAGUGCCAGUAAAGGAGUAAGAAGGAAAAAUAUGCAUUUAAAUUGUAUAUAUGAAGACUUAAGUUAUAUAGCAACCUGUAAAGACAAAUAUUUAGAAAAGUAUAUAUGUAUUUUUAAAGUAGCAAAAGAAGUUAUAAAUGAUGUUCAAUUAGAAUUAGAUACCGUGCAUCAGAGAAUGACCACUGCCUUUCAGAAGGAAAUGGAUGAAAAAUACGAUGAUGUUACUUCUAAGAUGUUGACAGUCGAAAAGCGAGAUUUGUUACGUGGCAGGGCUCUAUAUAAAGAGGAACAGGCUUUAUUAGCAAGAAGAUUAACAGCAAUAUUGGCUUACAUUCUAGAACAUUCCGCACACAAAAAUGUUAUCACUCACUUGCUAGAACAAGAUGAGUCAAAUGUAGUGCACACACAGACACAUUCUAUUAUCAAUGAUAUUAAUGGAAUAUGUAGCUUAUUGGAAAAAACUUCCUGUGCCAUUCUAUACAGCGGAUUUCUUUUGUCUAUUACUCAUCUAAUAGAGAUCAUACACAAACACACAGACAAGCAGUUAAUACUACAGAUACUGAAAACCAUAAUAACUUCUCGACCAAUGCCCUUUGUGAGCUGCCAUAUAGUGAAGUUAUUAACAUCUGUUUGUGCAACAACUGAAAAUUUUGGUCAAUUUUGUAUUAAUGGGGAUUCCAUGGACUAUGAUCAAGAUCCUUGUGUGCUACAAAUACUCCUAAAACAAAUCGAGGCGGCCAUGAAAUGUAUAGGAAAGCAACAAUUGUUAAAGCAAGCUGUGGAAAAUACUCAAUAUAUAAUUUUAUUGUACAGUUAUUUGAACCCACCAACUACUUGUAGUGAUAGUCAAAAACAAAACUGUAACUGUCAGCUGGUGCUGAUGCAGGUGCUGGUUUAUGCACUCCGGAUAUGCUCCAACUUCUUGGACUCUCAUGAUUGUGGAGAAGAGGGCGCGGUGCAGCGCGUGCUGGCGCUGGCGGCGCGCGGCGCCGGCGCGGCGGCGGCGGCGGGCGCGGCGGAGGGGCAGCUGUUGCUGCUGUGCCAGCGCGCGCCCGGUAACAUUUUAUCAGAAAUAACAAGCACCCUACUAACAGUGGAGGAGGAACCGCAGAGUUACUCCACUAAUGCUUGGCUCGGAGCUCUAGAAACACUCGCCAUAGCGGAU